AUGGACUUCGAUUCAAAAUACAGUAGAGGAACGUUCAUAGAAAGCGGUUCAUUUGGUGAAGUAUGCCGUGUCAUUAGGAAAGCAGACGGAGCUGAAUUCGCCCUAAAAACCAUCUACAAGUCAAAGUUACCUGAUUAUGCACGUGCUCCAUAUGGUGAUUAUCCAAUUGAAGUAGAACUUCUGAAGAAAUUACAACAUCCACAAAUCAUAGAAAAGUUCCGAGACACCUCAAUAACGAGUGCAUUGCAGUUUGUCGAUUCAUUUGAAGAUGAUGAAUCCUUUCUACUAGUAAUGGAACUAGUUGACAAUUCCAUUGAUUUAUAUGAUUUUACUAUGAAACGUGUCGAUAUAUCGGAAGAACUGCUAGCUCAUAUUUUUGCUCAGGUAGCCAACGGUAUUCUUAUCCUACACUGUAACGAUAUAGUGCAUCUUGAUAUUAAACUGGAAAAUGUCGUCAUGGAUGAGAACCUAAAUUGCAAGUUGGUGGACUUUGGCAGCGCAGCAAUGUGCAGAGACGAUGACGUCUUCCACUAUCCUAGGUGCGCCGAACCGGCUUGCAGUCCGGAAAUAUGGAGUGGUCGCAGGUACGUGCAAAAGUUAUGA